AGAGAGAGAGAGAGAGUGCGCUCUACGUCACAGUCGUGUUCCGGAAGUGUGAAUAUCUCUACACGUCAACGGUGCUCUUACUAGCCGUGCUGUUUAUAUUAUUCUACUGCGCUAAAUAAUUUUAUAACAGUUUGUAAUCCAGAUGGACGCAGGGGACAGAGGAUCCUUUACUGAGGGUGGAGCAAGUGGGAGAACAUUGCCACCAGGCCUGACUGAGGAGGAAGCUGUGGAACUUGAAGUGGAGCUUACUAAGGUGGAGGAUGAAAUUCAGACACUAAGGCAUGUUCUGUCAAAUAAAGAGAGGCAUGCUGGGGAAUUAAGGAGGCGGUUGGGUAUUAGUCCUCUGUCUGAGAUUAAAAACAACAUCACCAAAGGCUGGCAAGAUGUCCAGUCUUCUAAUGCUUAUAUGAAAACCUCACAGACUCUUGGGGAUUUGAAUCAAAGAAUUACAUCAUCUAACAUUUAUCUUACAGCAUCUGCUACUCUGGAAGACAUUAGUCGUUCCGACACGUACAAGAAAACGCAGGAGACUUUGUCCCAGGCUGGUAUGUUGACGUCAUCUGCUUUCUCGUCAUUGGGAUCAGCCAUCAGAAGCAGACUGGGAGAAAUGAGGGCUUUGACUUACACACCCCUACCCGGUAGCAGCUACUCCAUGCACCAUUCCCUAAGUAUGCCCACUAUGAGGUAAAGUACCAGGAAUUCACCAACCUUUAAAACCAUGGAGGAGAAAAUGUAAUGAUUUUACUUUACCAGUCCAAGGCCACUGGAGGAAGCACGAAUGGUGAAGACGCGUAACCGCCACCUGGCAUUGGUUCUGAACAGGAAGCGCAGAUUCAUCACCAAAAAUGACCCGUGACACAAACUACUCCGAAAUCCUUUAAAGCGCCAUGCUGAAAGCCACCAGAUUUUAAAACAUCAAAGAAAUAAUGCAAAACAGUACAAAAAUGCUGUUCCAGCUAAAAAAAAAAUAAACCUCCAAUAAAAAAUAAAAACACACAACAAUUGGUUCUACUGUUUCGCUUGUUUCCAAUUUAUAUAAAAAGGUUUUCAGAAUGGCGUCUGCUCUGACAUUUCUGCUGAUGUAAUUCACUUUCGGUUCCAUGCAGCAUCGUAUACACUCUGACACACUGUGGAUUAAAUGCUUCCUUGGCAGUAUGCGUCCCUCCUGUUGCAUAUGAUUAAUGAGUGUGCAAAUGUUACAGAUAAGCAUAACUACAUCCCUUAGAACUCAGGACAACAGGUGCUAGCGCUUUAAAUUUAAUGUGAUGAAUGUAACUAAUGCAUCAUAAAUCGAUUUAUAGAACAUGUUUCUGAUUUAAUUAAUAUAACUGACUUUUUUGGGGGGUUAAUAUAUCGACUCUUGUUAUGCUCAUAUAUAUAUAUAUAUAUAUUAUUUGCUUAAAUUAUGUUUGAACUUAUGUUUAUUUUUCUGGUGUGAUUAUGGUAAAAAGAUAUAUUUAGGUACAAUUAAACAUUAGUGAAUUAGUGUGUAUUUGCCCAGCUGUCCUGAAGUCAGCACUUGGGAUGUGCUUACGGUUGAUGUGCAGUUAUUUUGGUUUGGAAAAGGAGGAAAUCUAACGUGAAUAAAUUAUGCAAACAUGACUACCAUAAGACUGUUACUUUUUAUCACAUACACAUUGUUCUUUGUCUUGUGAUUUUAUGUUUAACAGUUAUGCUUAAAUAAACCUAGAGGUGGAAAACUA